AUGGACACGGCCAGAUGCAUUGGUUCUGACGAUAUUCAAGGUCCAAGGGUCUCAUUCUUCAAUGAUUACUCCGCAGCGGUUGUACGAAGACGCAAGGCAUUUGAUGAGGUAAAGGCUCAACUCAAGAGAAUGAAGAUGGACUACGCACUGCUGUACCCGGCCACAUUGAAGAUUAUGGUCAACGGAACGCCUAAGAAGCUUUACACACCUGAAGAGGCUGCUAUUAAACCUCAUAGGAAGACAGUUUUAUCAUGUGGAGGUUUCAUUCCGGUCUCUCUGUUUAACCAAAUACUCUCUUUGACAGGAGAGAGACCAGACUCUCAUUCUGAAAGCGGGAAGAGUCCUUCAGAAGAACCAGACGCAGAGACAUCCAAACCAGCAAGAGCACACCACUGCUCCCAGUGUGGAAAGAGAUUUAUACGGUUAGGGCACCUGAAAGAACAUAUGAAAACACAUACAGGGGAGAAGCCUUUUCACUGCUCCCAGUGUGGAAAGGGUUUUGGACAGUCGGGGCAUCUAAAAGUGCAUGAAAGAAGACACACUGGAGAGAAGCCGUAUCAAUGCUCCCAGUGUGAAAAGAAAUGUUUCUCACCAGGGGACCUGAAGUCACAUGAGAGAACACACACACAGUCUUUAGAGAGGCCUUUCCAAUGCUCUCAGUGUGGAAAGAAAUUUAUCCAGUCAUCGCAUCUGAAAGAGCAUGAAAGAAUACACACAGGAGAGAAGCCUUACCAAUGCUCUCAGUGUGGAAAGGGUUUUAGAUACUCAGGGCAUUUAAAAGUGCAUGAAAGAACACACACUGGAGAGAAGCCGUAUCAAUGCUCCCAGUGUCAAAAGGGUUUUUUCUCACCAGGGGACCUGAAAAAACAUGAGAGAACACAUUUAGUAGAGAGGCCUUUCCAAUGCUCUCAGUGUGGAAAGAGAUUUAUGCAGUCAUCACAUCUGAAAAAACACAAGAGAAUACACACAGGCGAACAACCAUUCCAAUGCUCUCAUUGUGGAAAAAGUUUUACCCGUUUAGGGAACUUGAAAACGCAUGAGAUGACACACACAGGAGAGAAGCCUUUCCACUGCUCCUUCUGUGGAAAAUGUUUUACCCAUUUAGGGAACCUGAGAAUGCAUGAGAUGACACACACAGGAAAUAAGCCUUUUCACUGUUCCCAGUGUGGAAAGGGUUUUGGACACUCAGGGCAUCUAAAAGUGCACGAAAGAACACACACUGGAGAGAAGCCAUAUCAAUGCUCCCAAUGUGAAAGUAAAUUUUUCUCAUCAGGGGACCUGAAAUCACAUGAGAGAACACACACUGUAGAGAGGCCUUUUCAAUGCUCUCAGUGUGGAAAGAGUUUUACCCGGUUAGGGAAUCUGAAUAUGCAUUUGAGAACACACACAGGUGAGAAGCCAUACCACUGCUCUGACUGUGGAAAGAGAUUUAUCCAGCUAGGGGACCUGAAAUCACAUGAGCGAACACACACAGGAGAUAAGCCUUUCCAAUGCUCUCAGUGUGGAAAAAGUUUUGCCUGGUUAGGGAACUUGAAAAUGCAUGAGAGAAUACACACAGGAGAGAAGCCUUUCCACUGCUCCUUGUGUGGAAAGAGUUUUACCUUUUUAGGGACACUGAAAAAGCAUGAGAUG